CAAAGUACAAGGCAAUAUCGAAGACUUUCAACUUCAAAGCUACCGCAUUUUCGUUUACAAAACCAUGGCGGGAUCCAACCCUCCAUCUGACGGCGUUCUCAUAGACGACCAGAAGCGAGGAGUAGCGGACGCACAAGUGCCAACCCACACAUACGUACCGAACCAAGGAUAUGUAGUGGACAGUAAUAAUGGCACGGGGCAUCAGCGGAGACUAGCACUGGGUCGAUUCAUUCAAGAAGAUGACGAGGAUGAGGAGGAAGAAGAAUACUACGACGAUGCCGACCUAGACGACGACGACAGACUCGCUGACCCGGAUGAUCUCGCCUCUGCGAACCCUUCAGAUCUCACCAAAUCAUAUAAUCGUCAAAGACGCCUCGACGACGCCAUCGCCAACCCGAGCGUACCGUCAUGGCAAUACCCCAAGACGAACCCUCAAAAGUCGUCCCGACCCGACAUGGGCGAACUCGGGUACGGCAUGAAAAAGCUCAAGAUCGAAGGUCCGGAAUCGCUGCCGACGGGCCCAUCCAAGGGCAAAGACAAAUCUGACCGGGCCACGUCCGAACAGGUCCUGGAUCCCAAGACACGGCGAAUCUUGUUCCAGAUGAUCAACUCGGGUAUCGUCUCUGAGAUCAACGGCACCAUCUCUACGGGUAAAGAAGCGAACGUGUACCAUGCCGUCGCUGCCUCGGACGACCCAGACUCCCAGCCAGACACGCACGUGGCGAUCAAAGUCUACAAAACCAGUAUUCUCGUCUUCAAGGAUCGUGAAAAGUAUGUGACCGGUGAAUUCCGAUUCCGAAAGGGUUUCAACAAGAGCGACAACCGCGCCAUGGUCAAACUCUGGGCCGAGAAAGAAAUGCGGAACCUCAAACGGAUCCACGCCGCGGGGAUCCCGUGCCCCGAGCCGUUGUACCUACGCAGACACGUUCUGGGGAUGAGCUUCGUUGGGGACUCCAAAGGCAAAGCUGCGCCGAGACUAAAAGACGUCGAAUUCGAGGAUGAGAAUCCCGUGGCCCGGUGGCGCGACGUUUAUCUCGAUGUACUCGGCUACAUGAGAAUCAUGUUGCAGGUGUGCAAGCUAGUGCAUGCCGACCUGAGCGAGUACAACAUGUUGUACCACGAGGGCAAACCGUGGGUGAUUGACGUGAGUCAGAGCGUCGAGGGUGAUCAUCCCAGGAGUCUGGACUUUUUGAGAAUGGACAUCAAGAAUGUCAACGACUUUUUCAGAAGACAGGGCGUGAGCGUGCUGAAUGACAGAAAAGUCUACGAGUUCAUCACGAACCACACGAAGAGCGAGGAUGACGUACAGAUGGAAGUGAUGAGGAGGGAUCUCGAUCGUAUCAUGGCCGAGAGAAAGGAGGAUGAUGAGGACGACGAGGUGGAGAACGAAGUCUUUAGGAAACAGUAUAUCCCUCAAACACUGGACGAGGUGUACGAUGCCGAAAAGGAUGCGGAGACGAUGAAGACGGCCGGUAGGGAUGCCUUGGUGUACAAAGAUUUGCUCGCGCCGAACAAGGUUGAGGUGCAGAAAGAAUCGGCGUCGUCGUCGUCGUCUUCGUCGUCGGCAGAUGAUGAUCAGGACGAGAAUUUUGGUGCUCCUCUACAAAGAGUAGAGUCGCAUUCUCAAGACGGGUCUGGUGAUGGUGAUGAUGCUGAUGAUGACGACGGCGAGCACUCGAAUGCCGAGUCCGGUAGUCUGUCUGAAGAAAACGGCCGGCCACGAGGAAAACGGUUCCAGGACAAGGACGAGAAGAGGGAACACAAGCGCAAAGUGAAGGAGGAGAAACGGGAGAAGAGGGCGACCAAGAUGCCGAAGAACGUCAAGAAGAGAUUGGUCAAGGAGUCCACGAAACGACGUUGAUUCAAACAACCGGGCCAAUUUUUGUUCUUUACUUUUCGAGAGAGCCACGGGGUUCAAGACGCGGGCAGCCGAAUUUUUUUGGCCUGGGUACGAAGCAAAACACUUGGACCAUCAGAGGUCGGGUACCUACAAUUCAACACGCUACGACGAAUUGUACAUAUUCAGUCACGCAUACCAGCCCCCAAGAUCGUCGAUAGUGGCUCAAGGAGUCGAGAUUGCCCACAGCAGCACCGAAGACACCCAAGCUUUUGUAGUGUGGUGGUUUUCUUUGCGCCACCCAUCUCCACAUCAUGAAAGCAACUGAGAGAGGCAGGCAACCUCCGUUCAACCUCCGUCGUCGCAAUUACUAUAGGUGGUCCAAUACAUCUCUCAUCGCCCUUUACUAAAUCUCCUUGCGGCCUCCUCGACCGUCCGCCUGGGUAUAUCGGGUACACUGGCUUCAAACCCUUCGUCGACCCUGUUGAUCUCGAACCGUGGCGGCAAGUCAUUCACGCCGUGCCAGAUAUCUCCCGGCAAGAACUCGCCCAUAUUUUCUCGAAACUUGACACGUAACUGCCGAUCAGACUCGUACAGCUGGUCGAGUUGACUAUGAGCUUGGACGACGACGCGUUCCAUGGCCUUCUUCGCCGCUCUGCGCCGGUCCACUUCGACAAUCAGGCCGUCGUAGGCGUGUAGGAAGUUGGUGUAGUAGCUGCAUAAUUCUUCCAUUCCGCCUA